AGGGCGUGCGACAGCGGCUGGGUCUGGGCAUGAAUUAAGAAGCUGGGAAGAUGGAGCGCCGCACACUCCUGGCGCAGCCCGGGCUCUGGACCAGGGACACCAGCUGGGCACUUCUCUAUUUCCUCUGCUACGUCCUCCCCCAGACGGCUCCGCAAGUACUCAGGAUCGGAGGAAUUUUUGAAACUGUGGAAAAUGAACCUGUUAAUGUUGAAGAAUUAGCGUUCAAGUUUGCAGUCACCAGCAUUAACAGAAAUCGAACCCUGAUGCCUAACACCACAUUAACCUAUGACAUUCAGAGAAUUAACCUUUUUGAUAGUUUUGAAGCCUCACGGAGAGCAUGUGACCAGCUGGCGCUUGGUGUGGCUGCUCUCUUCGGCCCUUCCCAUAGCUCCUCUGUCAGUGCUGUGCAGUCUAUUUGCAAUGCUCUCGAAGUUCCACAUAUACAGACUCGCUGGAAACACCCUUCAGUGGACAACAAAGACCUGUUUUACGUCAACCUCUACCCAGAUUAUGCGGCUAUCAGCAGGGCGGUCCUGGAUCUGGUCCUCUACUACAACUGGAAAACAGUGACCGUGGUGUAUGAAGACAGCACAGGUCUCAUUCGUCUGCAAGAGCUCAUCAAAGCUCCCUCCAGAUAUAACAUUAAAAUCAAAAUCCGCCAGCUGCCCUCUGGGAAUAAAGAUGCCAAGCCUUUACUCAAGGAGAUGAAGAAAGGCAAGGAGUUCUAUGUGAUAUUUGAUUGUUCACAUGAAACAGCCGCUGAAAUCCUUAAGCAGAUCCUGUUCAUGGGCAUGAUGACUGAGUACUAUCAUUACUUUUUCACAACCCCCUGGUAAGCGUAUCUGGACUUAUUUGCUUUAGAUCUGGAACUCUAUAGGUACAGUGGUGUAAAUAUGACCGGGUUUCGGCUGCUUAAUAUUGACAAUCCUCACGUGUCAUCCAUCAUUGAGAAGUGGUCCAUGGAGAGACUUCAGGCCCCACCCAGGCCCGAGACUGGCCUUUUGGAUGGCAUGAUGACAACUGAAGCGGCUCUGAUGUAUGAUGCUGUGUACGUGGUGGCCAUUGCCUCCCAUCGGGCUUCCCAGUUGACUGUCAGCUCCCUACAAUGCCAUCGACACAAGCCAUGGCGCCUUGGACCCAGAUUUAUGAACCUGAUCAAAGAGGCUCAGUGGGAUGGCUUGACUGGGCGUAUCACCUUCAAUAAAACCGAUGGCUUGAGGAAGGAUUUUGAUCUGGACAUUAUUAGUCUCAAAGAGGAAGGAACUGAAAAGGUUGCUGGCGAAGUGUCUAAACACUUAUAUAAAGUGUGGAAGAAGAUUGGGAUUUGGAAUUCCAACAGUGGGCUUAACAUGACGGACGGCAACAAAGACAGGUCCAAUAAUAUCACCGAUUCACUCGCCAACCGAACGCUCAUCGUCACCACAAUUCUGGAAGAACCCUAUGUGAUGUACAGGAAAUCUGAUAAGCCGCUGUAUGGAAAUGACAGAUUUGAAGGAUAUUGCCUGGAUCUAUUGAAGGAAUUGUCAAACAUCCUGGGUUUCAUUUAUGAUGUUAAACUUGUCCCUGAUGGCAAAUAUGGAGCUCAGAAUGACAAAGGAGAGUGGAAUGGAAUGGUCAAAGAACUUAUAGAUCAUAGGGCUGAUCUGGCGGUGGCUCCUCUUACCAUCACUUACGUGCGGGAAAAAGUCAUAGACUUCUCCAAACCCUUCAUGACCCUGGGCAUCAGCAUUCUCUACCGCAAGCCCAAUGGCACCAAUCCAGGGGUCUUCUCCUUCCUCAACCCUCUAUCUCCUGACAUUUGGAUGUAUGUGCUCUUAGCCUGUUUAGGAGUCAGUUGUGUACUCUUUGUGAUCGCAAGGUUUACACCCUACGAGUGGUAUAACCCUCACCCAUGCAAUCCUGACUCAGACGUGGUGGAAAACAAUUUUACUUUACUAAAUAGUUUCUGGUUUGGAGUUGGAGCUCUCAUGCAACAAGGAUCAGAGUUGAUGCCCAAAGCUCUAUCAACCAGAAUAGUUGGAGGGAUAUGGUGGUUUUUCACGCUAAUCAUCAUUUCAUCCUACACUGCCAAUCUGGCUGCCUUCUUGACAGUAGAGAGAAUGGAAUCCCCCAUUGAUUCAGCAGAUGACCUGGCAAAACAAACCAAGAUAGAAUAUGGGGCAGUCAGAGAUGGAUCAACAAUGACCUUCUUCAAGAAAUCGAAGAUAUCCACCUACGAGAAGAUGUGGGCUUUUAUGAGUAGCAGGCAGCAGACUGCCCUGGUCAAAAACAGUGAUGAGGGCAUCCAACGAGUGCUCACCACUGACUAUGCCUUGCUGAUGGAGUCCACCAACAUUGAGUAUGUGAUGCAGAGAAACUGCAACCUCACUCAGAUCGGGGGUCUCAUUGACUCCAAAGGUUAUGGAGUGGGAACACCUAUAGGCUCUCCUUACCGGGAUAAAAUUACUAUUGCUAUUCUUCAAUUACAAGAAGAGGGGAAACUGCAUAUGAUGAAAGAGAAAUGGUGGCGGGGAAAUGGCUGUCCCGAGGAAGACAACAAAGAGGCCAGUGCUCUGGGAGUAGAAAAUAUUGGGGGUAUCUUCAUUGUUCUGGCUGCUGGACUGGUCCUUUCUGUAUUUGUAGCCAUUGGAGAAUUUAUAUACAAAUCACGGAAAAACAACGAUAUUGAGCAGUGUCUCUCUUUCAAUGCCAUCAUGGAAGAACUGGGAAUCUCACUCAAAAAUCAGAAAAAGUUAAAGAAAAAGUCGAGAACUAAGGGGAAAUCUUCCUUCACAAGUAUCCUUACUUGUCAUCAAAGACGAACUCAGAGAAAAGAGAGUGUGGCGUGAGCCAGGAAAACACCUGUAGGAAGCUUUCAGGAAGAAAAACACAUGCUUGCUACAGGUUUUUGGAGAAAAGAUUUCUGACAACUGUGCUAUGUGUUUCCAUAUAUCUAUAUACAUAACUCGGAUUAUGCAUACAGAUAUAAGAAAUACAAAAGUUUCAAAAGCUCACAUAGACCGAGAUUACUUGGGAAGCAGCACGGAUUCUUUUGAAAUGAAUUUGUAUGUUCACUUAUUUCACCUUUUCUCUUUCAUCCCAAUAAAUUCCUGUGUGUUCUUUCUAAAUAAUAAUAAAACAACAGGGUUUUUUU